GUCCCAAGUCAAGUCAAGUCAAAAGAGGACAGUUACCUUUUCAUCCUAGCUCUUCGGAAAGUCACCGUUUUGUUCAAUGGACCUACUAACAAUCGUUGGAAUUGUUUCUCUGGUAUAUCCUGGUUUGUAUGAAGCAGCUGGUGUGCUACCAGAUGGACCUUUGGACGCCACGGUGGGAGGAACAGUGUGGUUCAACACGACGCUGAUAGAAAGACCCACUGUUUAUGCUUUUGUUAUGUGGAAAUUCAGUGGUGAAACAAGUGGAAAUGCUCCUGAAAUAAUAAGCCCAACCAACACUCUUCCCCAGUUUCAAGGCAGGAUCACUGUCUCCAGGGCAUCUGGUUCUCUGCAGCUGAGAAACCUGCUUUUAGAAGACAGUGGAACCUACAGCGUUGAGAUCCUGGGCAGACAAGGGUUUAGUACUGGGAGCACACGGCUGAGAGUUCACGAGCUAAAUCCUUGUCCCACUGGCUGCAUUGCUGCAAUCAUAGCCGUCUGCAGCACCGUCAUCAUCAUCGCAGCUGCUCUGGGAGGAGUGCACCUCUGCAAGAGAAGGCAAUAUGCACAGGAACGGUUUGAAACCAUCAAUAGAACAGGUCUGGAGGGGGAACAAAUCUCCCACUAUGAAGAAAUUCAGAUGGCUCUAGUAACGAUCAUUGGAUUAGUUUCUGUGGCAUAUUCGGGUUUUUCUGAGGCAGCUGGUGUGUUACCAGACUCUCUGAACGCAGCAGUGGGAGGAACAGUGAUGUUCAACACGACGCUGCCACUGACUGAAACACCAGUUAAUGUUGUGUGGGGCUACAGGAACAAAUAUUUCACGUCAUUUAACAUAAUAAGAUCCUUCCCCAGCUACAACAGCACUAUCCCUGAGUAUGAGGGCAGGAUCAUGCUUUUCCCCUCCACUGGAGCUCUGGAGCUGAGGGAUGUGGUUCUUACAGACACAGGAUUCUAUUCGCUCGCGGCUCUGAUGCCUUCUGGGUACCAUGUAACUGGGAGCACAGAUCUGAGAGUUCAUGUUCCCAUCACUGGUGCUCAACUGACCCCCAGCUCCGAAGACUUGCUGGAGUUCAACAGUUCUGUCACCUUCUCCUGCUCCGUCUCCUCUGGGUCCUCGCUCUCCUUCCUCUGGCAGAACAUCAGCUCUGAGAUCUCUGCCAGUGAUGGAGUUCAAAUCACUGAUGGAGGAGCCAAACUCACCGUCCUAAAUGUGACUCGCUAUGACCAGGGACCCUUCAGGUGCACCGUCUUCAAUCCAGUGAGCCGAGUCCUCACUGAUCCGCUCACUCUCUCCAUCAGCUAUGGCCCUGACAAUGCGCAUCUCCAGAUCAUCCCUCACUUUGGCGGGGUGAACAUCAGACUGAGCUGCUCAUCUUCCUCCAAUCCUCCUGCACGAUUCCAAUGGUUUAUGAACGGCACCCUGCUGCCCAACACUGGAGCAGAACUGUUGGUCAGUUCCACACAGAAUGGAUAUUACAGCUGCCAGGCCUUCAACAGCAAAACCUCCAAACACAAAGCAUCUUGUGCGAUAGCUGUUGCUCCCCUAGAGAUAACUCCCCGUUCCGCUGUCAUCAUUGCUGCAAUCGUCGCCUUGUGUAGUGUUGUCAUCAUCGCGGCUGCUGUGGGAGGAUUUUACUUCUCCAAGAGAAGUUCGUCUGCACUGGAAUCGUCUGGAAGCCAAACAGUUCUUGAGGUGAAAGAUAUGCCCCAUUAUGAAGACAUCCAGCCCCAGGAGGAGGACUAUGACCAGCUGACCAUCUACGAGAACGCAGCUUCGCUGAGGUCCACCUGAAAGUGGAAGCAUCCAACCAUCACAAUGCUUUUAUUCACUGUUUCAUGCCAUUUCCGCAACGCCUUAAAAAGAAAAAUCAUCUUGGACAAGCCACUUCCAUCACAACUCACGGCACACACCAUGAUCCUGAGCUCAGAACCGAAUCUCUUGUUUGGUUCGAAGGCUACAAGUUGAAUGAAAGUCAGGAUUGACAGCACGUAUUCAUCCAGAUUUAUGUCACAAUUACUGAAGAAGAGGUUGUGACCUUAACUUCCCCCUGGACCCUGGAGGAAGUAUGACAAUCUCCAGUUCUCUUUCACUGAUAUUUGUGCACAUU